AUGUCCACCCAACCCGCCACCUCAACCCGAAAACCCCACAUCCUCAUUUCCGGCGCCAGCAUCGCCGGUCCCGUUCUCGCCUACUGGCUCAACCGCGCCUCCAUCACCACCACCAUUAUCGAACGAUCUCCCGCUCUCCGUUCCGCCGGUCAAGGAGUCGAUAUUCGGGGUCCCGCUCGUACAGUCAUAUCACGCAUGGGACUCGAAUCUACCAUCCGCUCAAAGGUAACCCAUGAGCUGGGUCUUCAAUUUGUGGAUAAGAAUGGUACUCCCCGAGCUACUUUUCCCGUGGCGGAAAAUGGAAAUUCCUUCACGAGUGAUAUUGAAAUUAUCCGCGGAGAUUUGGCAGAGAUUUUUUAUAAUAGUACAAAGGAAACGUGUGAGUAUAUUUGGGAUGAUCACGUUACGAAACUGGAAGAGAUAGAUGAGGGAGUUCUCGUUACGUUUGCGAAAGGGAAACAGAGGAUCUUUGACCUGGUGGUGGGCGCAGAUGGAAUGCGUUCGAAAACUAGACGACUGGUUAUUCCGCUUCCAAACGACGGGUUGAAAUCGUUGUAUCAAUAUACCUCAUAUUUCACCAUCCCCAAACAACCCCAUGAUGAUGCAUGGGGUAAGUGGUAUAAUGCUUCUCGUGGACGCUUGAUAUUGAUGCGUCCGGAUAAUAUACAUGAGAGUACGACUACACGCGUCUAUCUCAGUAUUACCGAUCCUUCCAAAACGUGCAAGUUGGUCAAGUAUCUUGAAAUGUCACCCGAAGAACAAAAACGUGCGUGGAGAGAAGAAAUGUCUGAUAUGGGAUGGGAGAUUGAGAGAAUUGUAGAAGGAAUGGAUCAAGCACCAGAUUACUAUAUGCAAGAAAUCGCGCAGGUAAAUCCUCCUCAAUUCUACAAAGGGAAAGUGGCACUAGUAGGAGAUGCGGGUUAUUGUCCCUCCCCUAUCUCGGGAAUGGGCACUAGUGCGGCGAUUCUAGGUGCGUAUUAUCUUGCGGGAGAACUGGGAGCUUGUCAGGGGAAUUGGGAAGAGGGAUUGAAAAAUUAUGAAGAGAGGAUGAGACCGUUUGUGGAAGGCGUACAGAAACUUGCGCCAGGGGCUCCGGGGAUUAUGAAUCCGCAGACGAACUGGGGAAUUGCGAUUUUGUAUAGGAUUUUGGGUUUGGCGUCUUGGACGGGGGUGGCGGGCUGGGUGUUGGGUUUACUUCCGAAUGGUGAUGAGAGCUUGGUGCAGUAUGAGUGGAGCGAUGGGGGUAGUGAAUGCGCUUAG